AAUGAGGCAGCAAGAAAUGGCGUCGCAAGUUGUUUUUUAAUCGAAAUCAAUGUAUUUCUAAUAAUGCAAUGAGACUGUAAUAACUGUCAGUGCUACUUCGUGUAAAGUUAAACCGUGUCGUCGAUAUCUAAUUGAAGAAAACAGUUUUAUGUAAAUUUCGGUGUUCACAUUGAAACAAUGGCGUCGGAUCAGCCUUUACAAUCCAAUGUAAAAGUUAGUGAAAAUCACGAUUUCGCCGAUGAUUACAACGGCCUGAAAAGCGAUGCAGACGCCGGUGAAGGCUCCAAACGUCGAAGAGUGACUCAUGACUACAGAAAACUUUCGAAAUUGGGAUACGAUCCAAGUGUGUCAACUAAUAUGAAACAUUCACAAUCUCAUGAUUCCAAAGGUAAGAAACGCAAACUUUCCGAUAGCUUCAAAGAACUGUGUGUAUGGGGCGACAACGCAAAACCAGCAAAACUAUCCAAAAUAUGGCCGGUCUUCGAUUCGGGUGGAUUUGGCGAUGCAGUAAUGCUCACUGUACAGGUUCUAAACAAUGCGCGAACGAGAGUCAACCCUCUAUUGCACGGCACCCACGAAUUUUCCUUCAACGAUCUCAUGACUACAGACUGGUUUGGGGGUAUCAACUCGUCCUGGAGACAGUCUCAAAUGGGGUGCAAAUACUCAGAUGAUGAUGUGACUAGAAAAAUUUUCUCAUCUGUGACUAAGCAGUUGAGAAUCAUCAACACACACUUCCAAAGGUCAAUGUUUAAAUACAAGUAUCCGAGAGUUACUAGAUCUAAUGUUCUACUAGAUAACUCUAGCGCAUGGCGAGUGGGCAAUCAUUUUACAGUGACGUUAAAAGCUAUCAGGUUCCAGUCUACGCCUAGAAGAGAGCUCCCGUGCUAUGGCAACUUAGAGUUACCUUUCAAGAUCAAACAGGAGUCGUUUGUGUCACCACAAAUCUAUGCGUCGAUCGGGCGAAGUAUCAAAACUGAAACUGACAAAUUGCAAGAAGUCAAAGUGAAAGUGGAAAGUGACAAAGUGAAAAUCGAAAGUGAUAAAGUGAAAGUAGAAAGAGAUAAGGAAAAGGAGAAGGAAAGAGACAGGUCGUCGCAUUCGUCGCGACAUUCAUCAUCGUCGUCGUCGUCGUCUUGCCACCACUGCCGCCGUCGGGCGCGCAUCAAGCGCUGCUCCAUCGGUGUGCAGUGUCGUAGAGACAGGCCCGGGUUGCCCAGCACCGAUACUUGGGGACCGCUAGCCGAUACCAUCACUGUUAAGGAACUUAAAUACCACAGGCUCAUGAGGGUGGAGACCCAUCCCAACGGCGGUGCUAGUGUAGUGUACCUGCACCAGCGUGAUGUCGACAUGCUCAAUGUACAGCAGCAGGAGGCACUCGCCAAGGAGUUCCUCAAGCUGGUAUUCUCGGAGGACAGCGAGGGGUGGGCUCACUUCGUGUGCGGGGUAGUGCGGGGUGCGGCCGCCUCCCUCCCCUGUCUGCUACAGUACCUCGCCACCACACAUGCUAAUCUUACAGUGAAGGCCGGCGUUCUCGCCCGCGCCUCAGAUAUAGAGACCACCACCGUCAGCAAAUACUACCAACAGGUGCAGCAGACGUACGCGGCGGGCACGUUCAGAUGCGGACCGCUGCACCAGAUCUCUCUGGUGGGCACCGUGCACGAGGAGGUGGGCGGGUACUUCCCGGACAUGCUGAAACUGCUCGGCAACUGUCCCUUCCUCAACCUGACAAUGCCUUGGGGUCCAAUGUCUGCUGUGGAGAUGGAACCGCAGGAAUCUAACGAUGGCCCCAUACUGUGGAUCAGGCCCGGGGAACAAUUAGUGCCCACUGCUGAGUUGGGCAAGAGCCCUAUUAAGAAAAGAAGGACUGGCAUCAACGAAUUACGCAACCUCCAAUACUUGCCGCGGUGGAGUGAGGCGCGCGAGUUCCUGUUCGAGGAUCGAACCCGCGCCCACGCGGACCACGUCGGACACGGACUCGACCGCAUCACCACCGCUGCCGUAGGUGUACUGAAAGCUAUACACUGCGGCGACGAAUCGGACCGCGGCCGCAUCACCAAGGACGUGGUGGCAUUCCACGCCGGAGACUUCAAUAAGCUGGUACAGCUGCUACAGCUGGAUCUGUACGAGCCGCCCAUAUCCCAAUGUGUCACCUGGUUGGAAGAGGCCAAGUUAAAUCAGUUACGUCGGGAGGGAGUCCGGUAUUCCCGGUUACCGUUAUGCUCGGACGACAUAUAUUUCCUGCCGAGGAAUAUCAUACAUCAGUUCCGGACAGUUUCAGCGGUGGCGUCUGUUGCGUGGCAUUUACGAUUAAAACAAUACUAUCCGUCGUCGGAGGCUUCGUCUCCGGCGGAAGAGAGACCGCCGCCCGAGCCGAUACCACCUCCGGAAUCUAAAAAACCAACAUCUAAACACAAGGCCGGCGUCAUAGAGAUGAGAGCUUUGAGUGCUAAGUUCAAAGAGAAACCAGAACUCAAAGUUAACGAAAACAGAAAGAGCUUAGAUGCACCUAUCACAUCAGAGAAGAUGGACGAGAAGAGAGAUAGAGAUAUGAAAAAGCCAGACAUCAAAAUUGAAAAGUCAGAAAAACUCGACAAGGAAGUAAAAACAGAGAAAUCAGAUAAAAUUGAAAGAAGUGAAAACAAAACUGAUAAACGUGAACACAAAAUUGAUAAAAGUGGACACAAAGUUGAUAAAAAUGAACACAAAUCAGAUAAAAUUGAAACCAAAUCGGAUAAAAUUGAGCCCAAAUCAGAUAAAAUUGAACAAAAAUCUAUUAAAAACGACAAAUGCGACAAGGACAAAAAUCACAGGCACGCCUCCGAUAAACACAGAACUGAUCGUUCUGACAAACAUGAUCAUUAUAGGCGGCAUUCCUCAUCGAGAUCGCACAAGUCUCAUAAGUCUGAUCGGCCUAGAGAACAUAAAGAACACAGGAGUGAUGACAGACAUAAACACAGAGAAAAAGACCCCGUGAAAGAUAAACAUGAAUAUAAAACUGAAGGUGUCAAGUUACCAAACGAUGUAGCUCAGAAACCACCGGAUUAG